AUGCGCAAGGGUGAGCGCAAGAAGAACCUCACGGACAGUGAGUGCGAAAACUUGGUGCAGCACCUGCUGACGAAGUGCGCCAGCAGCGGCAGGAUUCCCAAGGGUGUUGCCGCAAGCGUUGGCAUGUUGUUCGACGAUUUGCCGCAAUGUCCACCAGCGCAAGAAGGACAACUGCGGACGCAACGCAUUCACUUGGACCUGCCCGAACGUAUCCAGGCCAUACCACAGUCCCGUCGUUACUGCUUUCGUUCAAUCGCCCACGCGCUUGGCAUCCCGAAGUCUACGCUUCACUCCUACUACAAGCGUGGCGUUAUCGCCAAGUACUCGAGCGUGCUGAAGCCAUCCAUUUCGGAGUCGAACAAGGUUUGUCGUCUCAAUUGGGCCUUGCAGAACGUGAAGGACAUCGAUGGUGCCAAGUUCUUCGACCCAAUGUUCGACACCGUCCACGUAUACGGCGCGCCCGGCGAAAAGAUCAAGCAGCGUUCCUGCAAGUCGAAAGGCCACCUGCUGAAGGUCAUGUGCUUAUCGGCCGUUGCGAGGACACGAUGGGACGACAACAAGGAAGAGUGGUUCGACGGGAAGAUUGGGACGUGGCACUUCACGGAGACUGUCCCAGCGCAGCGCCGAAGCAGCCGACGCGACGCAGGAACGCCAGUGAUGAAGACAGUAUCUGUGACACGGGAGACAUAUAAGAAGAUGCUGAUCGAACAAGUUAUCCCAGCAAUCCGAUGCAAAUGGCCAAGCACCGAGACCAAGACCAUCAAGAUUCAACAGGACAAUGCCCGUCCGCAUGCCCCCCCAGUCGAUCCUGACGUUGUCGCUGCCUGCAAAGACCAAGGCUGGGACAUGGAGGUUGUUUUUCAACCUCCAAACUCCCCUGACAUGAAUGUCUUGGAUCUUGGUUUCUUCCGAGCCAUCCAGACCUUGCAAGCGGAGAAGCAUUCGAGCUGCCUGGAGGACAUCGUUACUGCUACUGAAGCGGCUUGGGCCGACGUCAGUUCAACGACCCUCAACAAGAACUUUCUGACCCUUCAGAGAUGUCUUCAAGAGAUCCUCGAGAGCAUGCAGAUGGGUGCAAUUUGCACUCAGAUUGAAGCAUUAAAGGUUGACAUUGACGUGGAUGUUCAUGCCGACAUUGCUGCUGCAUUGGGCCUCAUUCAAUUGUUGGAUUAG